CCCGCAGCGCUGUCUCUCGCCCUCCCCGGGCCGCGCGGCCGGAGCUGGCACGGAGGAGCGGCGGCCGCGGCGGCAUCGCGGCAGCGUCGCGGCCUGGGGACCCCAGCGCUCCGCUGGACUCAGCGCCCGCGAAAGCGCCCAUCGCGCGCGGAUCUGCCUUCCGCGGUGCGGGGCUGCCUGGAGCGUCCGGCGAUCCCCGAGGGCGGGCGUGUCCUCGCGGCGCGGGGCGGGGGACAAGCGUGGGGCCGCAGCCUGUUGGAGCGCGGGGGGGUGGGGGUGCCGUGCCCGGGGCGCGGGGAGCCCUGCGGGGGGCAGCGCGGCCAGGCUCCCUGUGCGGAGCAGUUUUCUGCAACUCUCCACCUCCUCCUCCCUGGGCCCAGCGCAGCCGGGAGACCCUGUCCACAUCUGCGGAAGAAAGGAGUGUCAUGAAAAAGGAACAGAAAAGAACCGUCCCUCUUGGUGAAUCGGGAGUUUUCUCUCCCAGUUGGUGGCUACUUCAUGAUUGGAAAAAAAGUACCUAGGUGGCUGAAGAGAUUAGAUUCUUGUAGUUGUACAGAUGAAGCUGAUAAAAGAAGACAUGAAAAUGCUUUCUCUGGGUCGUAAUGGGUGAUGAGUAAGUAAGCCUGAACAAGACAGAUUUGGAAUGAGGGCAGAAAUUUUGAUUUUUUAAAGCCAAGUAGGACUUUGAACACUUGUUGAGGAUGUUCUUUUCCCAAAAAUGGAAGAAGAAAAAAUUUUCAAAGCAAAAGUGUAAAAAGUGGAAGGAGAUAACAACCAAGUCGACUUGAAGAAUUUCAGUACAUCAUGAGCUCCUUUGGGCAAACUGCCACAAGCAUCGUACAUGUGGGUGAUUUUUAUCACUAGAGAUGGUUUCCUACCCUAGGAACAACUUUUUAAUUCAGAUUCUGGAGUGUUUACUCUUUUUCUUUUCUUUUCUUUUUUUAUACUGUGUGUUUUGACUCUUCAUGUUAGAUAGAUUUGUGUAAAUGAAGUAAAUCCUGAAUUUUUAGUGUGUUUGACUAUACCACUGUUUGCUAUGUGAUACAGAAACAUUAUACAGGUUUUAACAUUCCUUGAAGUUUUAUUGGAAGCAGAUCUGUGUCAGGGACACAGACAGUAUAAGUUUUCUCUUUUUGGCAACUCAGCUUGCUUUGAAUGAACCGAGCGUCAGCUGGAUUUCACAGUACAUAUGAUUUAUAGUCUUUGUGUUAAAGGCCUUAAAUGUAUGUUUUAUUCCAGGCAGAGGGAAAUACAUUGAGCACUGUUUUUGACAUGUAUGCCUAAGGAAGGAACUCCCCGAUGGAUCAUGGCGUUAAUGUUUACAGGACAUUUCUUGUUUUUAGCAUUAGUGAUGUUUGCUUUCUCUACUUUUGAGGAAUCUGUGAGCAAUUACUCUGACUGGGCAGUUUUCACAGAUGAUAUAGAUCAGUUUAAGACACAGAAAGUGCAAGAUUUCGAACCCCAUCAAAAGCUGAAAAAAAGUGUGCUUCAUCCAAGUUUGUAUUUCGAUGCUGGAGAAAUCCAGGCAAUGAGACAGAAGUCCCGUACAAGCCAUUUGCAUCUCUUUAGAGCUAUCAGAAGUGCAGUCACAGUUAUGCUGUCCAACCCCACAUACUACCUACCUCCACCCAGGCAUGCUGAUUUUGCUGCCAAGUGGAAUGAGAUUUAUGGUAACAAUCUGCCUCCUUUAGCAUUGUACUGUUUGUUAUGUCCAGAAGACAAAGUUGCCUUUGAGUUUGUCUUGGAAUAUAUGGACAGGAUGGUUGGCUACAAAGACUGGCUGGUUGAAAAUGCACCAGGGGAUGAGGUUCCCGUUGGCCAUUCCUUAACAGGUUUUGCCACUGCCUUUGACUUUUUGUAUAACCUACUGGAUGAUCAUCGAAGACAAAAAUACCUGGAAAAAAUAUGGGCUGUUACAGAGGAAAUGUAUGAGUAUUCCAAGGUCCGUUCAUGGGGCAAACAACUUCUCCAUAAUCACCAGGCUACUAACAUGAUAGCGUUACUCACCGGGGCUUUGGUGACUGGGGUAGAUAAAGGAUCUAAAGCAAACAUAUGGAAACAGGCUGUAGUAGAUGUGAUGGAAAAGACGAUGUUUCUGUUGAAUCACAUUGUCGAUGGUUCUUUGGAUGAAGGUGUGGCCUAUGGGAGCUACACAGCUAAAUCAGUCACACAGUAUGUUUUCCUAGCCCAGCGUCAUUUCAACAUCAACAACUUGGAUAACAACUGGUUAAAAAUGCACUUUUGGUUCUAUUAUGCUACCCUUUUACCAGGCUUCCAGAGAACUGUGGGUAUAGCAGAUUCCAAUUAUAAUUGGUUUUAUGGUCCAGAGAGCCAGUUAGUGUUUUUGGAUAAGUUUAUCUUAAAGAAUGGAGCUGGGAAUUGGUUAGCUCAGCAAAUUAGAAGGCACCGACCUAAAGAUGGCCCAAUGGUCCCCUCCACUGCCCAGAGGUGGAGUACUCUUCACACCGAGUUCAUCUGGUAUGAUCCUCAGCUCACCCCACAGCCUCCUGCUGAAUAUGGUACUGCAAAAAUGCACACAUUCCCUAACUGGGGUGUUGUCACCUAUGGGGCCGGGUUGCCAAAUACACAGACCAAUACCUUUGUGUCUUUUAAAUCUGGGAAGCUAGGGGGGCGAGCCGUGUAUGACAUCGUUCACUUUCAGCCAUACUCCUGGAUUGAUGGGUGGAGAAGCUUUAACCCAGGACACGAACAUCCAGAUCAGAACUCAUUUACUUUCGCCCCCAAUGGGCAAGUAUUUGUUUCGGAAGCUCUCUAUGGACCCAAACUGAGCCACCUUAACAACGUACUGGUGUUUGCUCCGUCCCCCACAAGCCAGUGUAAUAAGCCCUGGGAAGGUCAGCUGGGAGAGUGUGCACAGUGGCUUAAGUGGACCGGUGAGGAGGCUGGGGAUGCAGCGGGGGAGAUCAUUACUGCCUCUCAACAUGGAGAAAUGAUAUUUGUGAGUGGGGAAGCAGUGUCUGCUUACUCUUCAGCAAUGAAACUGAAAAGUGUGUAUCGUGCUUUGCUCCUCUUAAAUUCUCAAACUUUGCUAGUUGUCGAUCACGUUGAGAGGCAAGACAGUUCCCCAAUAAAAACUGUCAGUGCCUUCUUUCAUAAUCUGGACAUUGAUUUUAAGUACAUCCCAUACAGGUUUCUGAACAGGUACAAUGGCGCCAUGAUGGAUGUGUGGGACGCACACUACAGAAUGUUCUGGUUUGAUCAUCGUGGCAGGAGUCCCAUUGCUAGCAUACAGGAAGCCGAGCAAGCUGCUGAAUUUAAGAAACGGUGGACUCAGUUCGUUAAUGUCACAUUUCAGAUGGAAUCCACAAUCACAAGGAUUGCGUAUGUCUUUUAUGGACCGUAUGUCAAUGUUUCCAGCUGCAGAUUUAUUGAUAAUUCCAACUCUGGACUUCAGAUUUCUCUCAACGUCAAUAAUACUGAACAUGUUGUGUCCAUUGUAACUGACUACCAUAACUUGAAGACGAGAUUCGAUUACCUGGGUUUUGGUGGCUUUGCCAAUGUGGCUGAUGAGGGCCAAAUAACCCGAUUUGGUUUGGGCACUCAAGCAAUAGCAAAGCCCGUAAGACAGGAUAGGGUUAUUUUCCCCUUUGGAUUUAAAUUUAAUAUAGCAGUUGGGUUGAUUUUGUGCAUUAGCUUGGUGAUUUUGACCUUUCAGUGGCGGUUUUACCUUUCUUUUAGAAAGCUAAUGCGGUGGAUCUUAGUCCUUGUCAUUGCCUUGUGGUUUAUUGAGCUGCUGGAUGUGUGGAGCACUUGCACUCAGCCCCUCUGUGCAAAGUGGGCAAGGACGGAGGCCGAGGCAAGCUCGAAGUCUUCGUCUUCCCGGGAGCACCGCCUCCAUCUUCCCGACGUUGUCAUUACCUCACUUCCUGGUUCAGGAGCUGAAAUUCUCAAACAACUUUUUUUCAACAGUAGUGAUUUUCUCUACAUCAGAGUUCCUACAACCUACAUUGAAAUUCCUGAAACUGAAUUCGAAAUCGACUCAUUUGUAGAUGCCUGUGAAUGGAAGGCAUCAGAGAUCCACAGUGUGCAUUUCCGUUUACUCCGAGGCUGGUUGCAGUCCUUAGUUCAAGACACAAAACUGCAUUUACAAAAUAUCCAUCUGCAUGAACCCAGUAGGGGUAAACUGGCCCAAUAUUUUACAGCAAAUAAGGACAAAAAAAGGAAAUUGAAAAGGAGAGAAUCUUUGCCCGAACAAAGAAGUAGAAUGAAAGGCACCUUUGAUAGAGAUGCUGAAUACAUUAGGGCUUUGAGGAGACACCUGGUCUAUUACCCAAGCGCGCGUCCUGUGCUCAGCUUAAGCAGCGGGAGCUGGACCUUAAAGCUUCGUUUUUUUCAAGAAGUUUUAGGAGCUUCUAUGAGGGCAUUGUACAUAGUAAGGGACCCUCGGGCAUGGAUUUAUUCAAUGCUGUACAGUAGUAAACCAAGUCUCUACUCUUUGAAAAAUGUACCAGAGCACUUAGCUAAAUUGUUUAAAAUAGAGGGAGGUAAAAGCAAAUGCAACUUAAAUUCAGGCUAUGCUUUCGAGUAUGAGUCGUUGAGGAGAGAAUUAGCAAAACCCAAGUCGGAUGCAGUCUCCCUGUUGUCCCAUUUGUGGCUGGCAAACACAGCCGCAGCCCUGAGAAUAAAUACAGAUUUGCUGCCCACCAGCUACCAGCUGAUCAAGUUUGAAGAUAUCGUACAUUUUCCUCAGAAAACCACUGAAAGGAUUUUUGCCUUUCUUGGAAUACCUUUGUCUCCUGCUAGUUUAAACCAAAUAUUAUUCGCCACCUCCACAAACCUUUUCUAUCUUCCCUAUGAAGGGGAAAUAUCGCCAACUAAUACUAAUGUUUGGAAACAAAACUUGCCUAGAGAUGAAAUUAAGCUGAUUGAGAACAUCUGCUGGACACUGAUGGAGCGUCUAGGAUACCCAAAGUUUACGGACUAAAUGCUGCAGGUCAGCAGAAAUUUGCACUAAUCCUUUGCAGCCUGGUUUGUGGAUGUGAAGAGUUUGUUUAUUCUUGUACUUUGUGUGUGUGUGCGCGCCUGCGUGAGCGUGUUCAGUUUGUUACUUGCACAGAGAUUAUUUUAAAACUAGGCACCGUAUUUGGCCUAGGAGGAUUUAUUUUUAUGUCACUACUUUCCUUGCCUUUGUUUCUGAAUUUUUUUUUUUUUUUUUUCCUGCUGAAAUGUUCCUGCUAGAGGCAUGGAUGAGGUUAUAUGAUGGCGGUCAGGGGAGGUAAGAAGAUUUUACAGGUCUUUGUCCAGCCGUCUCCCUCAUCUGUAACUGUGCUGAUCUAUCGUGGAACCUCAAAUACUGCUAAAGGCCUUUCAAUUGCUGCUUUGCCCAAGCAUCUCUUGCUUUCAAGAUGGACUACAAAAGUUCCUUAUCUUUUUUAAAAGAUCUUCUAACACAGUUUUCUUGCACCAAAAAAAAAAAAAAAAAAAAAAAAAAAUUUUUUUUUUUCCUGUGUAUAAUGUUCAUAAUGUUCAGUGAUAUCACUGGGGGAAAUGGUGAGAGCUCCUAUCAGAACUAUAGAAUUCCUUCUGGGAAAUACAGAUAAAAAUACAGAAUGAACAUUUUUUUCAGGUCCGAAACAGUGAUCUGAAAAGCCUCAAGUUUUUUACUUAGAAAUGAUAAGGAGUCCGUCUUUGAACAAUCUGGGUGCCACGGGCUGGUAGAGUAUUUUCAACUCGCUUGUCGGUUUAAAACUCUUCUCUUUCUUGCCUCCUUGAGCUACAGCUGGUCCCCUCACACCACUCACACCCUGUCCUUUCCAUCACUGUCAUGCAAAACAAUCCAUUAUUACUAAUUGUUGAAGUCCCGACAUUUGUGGGAACUUUUUUUUUUUCCCCUGAUGAUUAAUUUUGCAUUAAAGCCUGACACUUAGAAUCCAAUUUCUUUUUGUGGAAUGAUCACUGUAUGACUCAGAGAAAGCAAUGCUGCUGCUGCCAGUGUUUUUUUAGACUGGAAACAGAAUUGGAAUACUGCCGGACUUAUCCUGCAUCCCUCUGAAUGAGUUUACAGACUGCCAGUGUCUGCAAAAGUUAAAGGCAAACGGGAGAUGAUGUCAGAGGCAUCUGUUUCCUUUGCCAUCUGCAUCUUAUUAUAAAUGUAGUCGUCAUAAAAUGUGGUUCAUUUUAUUUUGGUAGGCUCUGAAAUCAAAAUGUCAUGCCAUUAGAAGCCAGUGGAGUAAUUAGAAUGCAUUGGACGAAAACCAUGAGGCGAUGUCGAGACCUGAUGAAAAUCUCUGUGCAGAUUGCAGUCUUCCUGACGUUUCAAACUGUAGUUUCCCCAAGCUCUCCAACACGUGGGAGUCUGUCAUUCUGACCUAGAUAAAGGUGGUUCUUUCUCAGUAGUUUGUUAUUAUGUCAAAAUGUGCCUCCAGAGUGAUAAAGCUGUGGCUACGUUACGUUCCAGCGACAUCUAACUUGGCUGUCAUUUUUCUUCUGUGCUCGUGUGAAUGCAGACUUCUCCUCCUCCCCUAGAUCUACUCCCUUCCCACCACUCUCCCUGCCUUGUCUCUGCAAUGUCAAAAUGAACGAAAUCCUGUUGUAUUAAUAUAGGUUGAGAGGGCAGCUGGAGACCGGAUUCUACACAGGUAUUCUCAAGGAAGGUUAUUCUAACCUAUCUCAGGGUUAUCAACAAGCCGGUAAAAUUGCUACAUGGAUGGUAACACUCUUUCCAUUAAUGGUCAUAGUCUCAGUGUUUGCUUUCAAUGCCCACGAUGUGUGAUCUCAAACCAGAUCAAAUAGGAAGGCUUUGAGUUGGCAGUAAUAGCAGGUCUGAUGAAGGUAGGAAUUGCACAGGUGUGCAGAACCUGUGCCACUGCCUUUUAAUAUUGCAGGAACAGCCCCCCGCCCCCUGCUCCACCUGCCCUGGGGAAGGAGAGAACCAGGUGGAGUAUGUGGAGGGGUUGGAGGAGAGGUGGGGAAAACGAAGAAGAGUAUUCGUGUGAAUGAGCAUGGGAACGUUUACUGGGAGCUAAAGGAAGGGGCAUAUUUAUCAAAGUGAUCUUCACAAGGUGUCCUAACUUUCAGCCCCACACGGCAAUGCCAACAGGAAUUGCCCUGGUACUGUCCUCGCCCACCCCACCCCAAGGGAAAGUCUGCUGCAAGAGACCCCUAUUUGCGGAUUCCCCAGUGAGGAAAGAUUAUGAGUGAGGGAUGACCCAGCCGUUGGAUCUGUACGCAGAUGUUCACGCUUGGGACCCUUUGCUUUAUCACCAUCAUUUCCUGAGAUGACUUAACUCCCAGACCAUCCGGGUCCUCUGUCCUUCGACCGUCAGCUUCAGAAAAAUUCAAAUAACCUCCACACGUAAUAUUAUUCUUACCAUCUUUAAGGGGAUGAUUGUCACUAUGUGACACUUCUAAAGGAAACUCUUGUCCUCUCUAAAAUUAACUGCUUUAUUAACUUCCUCAAACCUAGGCCUAAUUGGGAUUAAAAACUGUUAUUAAAAUAAUAGAAUUUAAGUCUUGAAAUUAACAAGAAAAGUUUUGCUGACAGGAGUAACAAAUGCAGUGGUAAUAAUAGGGUUCUCAGUAGUUUGAAAGAAUGCAAAUCACUCACUUAGGAUGAAAGAAUAAGGCCAUAUCCAGAACGGAGUUGACGGUCCUGACAUUCUGGAGAGGCUAGGAAGUGGGAAACUCUCUUCAGGAGAAGCAAGAUGAAUUUAUGAAUAUGCUUAAAUUUGAUUGAUAGAAACCUAGAGAGGCACACGUUUUAAGCCAAUGACAAGAAAAUGUACAUAUUAGGCAAGGUCUUAAAAAAAAAAAUAAUUAGAUCUAGGCCCCAAAUAUUAGUCCUCUGAUUGACUGUCUUUUUAAGCCAAUAGAGAAGAGUGAGUAAGUGGCUGACAAGAACGGGAUGUGAAAGUCCCAGGCAAUGGCAGAAGACUCAUCGCAAAGUCUUCAGUCCCCUCCACCCACAGUAGUGUAUCUUAAAAAAUUUCCUUUUGUGGCAGUGUUACCCCUCUGCCACUUACUUUUGAUUAAUAUUAUCAGCACUUUUGGGUGUAUCCUGGAAGAUCCAGCCAAUCUUGCUAUGUAAAGGAUAUCCAAUUAUCUGUGAGUAGACUUUAGCAAUGGUUUUAAAAUCACUGCGUUUGAUUGGCUUGAUUAGCUGAUGAUAAUUAGAAAACGAUUCACUGAUUAAUUUAGGAAAAAUGUAAAUAGAAGGCAAUACAUAAAUACCAUUUCCAGAGAUAAAGAUGCCUAAUAUAGGAUAUGUCAAGGAAUUUAAUAUGUGGCCUCUUCACUGCUUAUUUAAGUGUUAGCUAAAGCAUGUCUAAUAUAUAUAUAAAUGUCUGCUAAGGCAGUUUCUCCCAUUAUCUGACUAGUGUCCUUCAAGUUGGCAGAAAAACUGUUCCCUUCAAGUUGGCAGAAAAAUUCAAGAACUAAAUGACUGAAUAUUCUAAGAACUAAAUGACUGAAUUCUUGCACAAAUGGUGAUAGGAACUUCAAACAAUACCUCCUAACAUUCUCUAACUUGUAGAUGUUUGAGCUAUAAUUUACAUGAGCUUGUGUUAUAUUUAGUCCACAUAAUGUAUUAAUUCCAUUUCCAAAGAUCGGUUCAGCUAAGGCUUCCAAACCGGAGAGAGUUUCGUUUUCAUUUUUUUCUUCCACACUUACCCCGUUCUUCAGUGAAGAAAACAUAGAGUGAAGAUCAUAAACUAGCUUAUUGCAACUGUAUGUAUAACAAGACUCCACUAUUAAUAAAUAAAAAGCUAAAAGCAA